CUAGCCUGUAAUCCCAGGCAUUCCCCCACUUGCCACCUUCUAACUUCUGCUCCUCCUUGACCUCAGAUCCCUUGGUCUGGCCUUCUCGCCAGACUCUUCUACACUCUUUCUCCCCCUCUUUUCCCACCCUUUGACUCCCAAGUUCCUUCUAACCUUAUUUCACUUCUUGACAUUUGACCCUGACAUUUUAGCUCUCUAAAUUUCUACCUGUUGUAGCCUGGACUGCAAAAAGCCAGGUGUUGCCCUGAUAUUCAUCCCUGCUUUUGGAGGCCUUUGCUACCCCAACCAUGGACUUCUUGAUGAGUGGUAUAGCAGCCUGCGGGGCCUGUGUGUUCACCAAUCCCCUGGAGGUUGUGAAGACCAGAAUGCAAUUGCAGGGAGAACUGAAGGCCCCUGGAACCUACCAGCGCCACUACCGAAACGUCUUCCAUGCCUUCUUCACCAUUGGCAAGGUGGAUGGCCUGGCCGCCUUGCAGAAGGGCCUGGGCCCUGCGCUCUUGUACCAGUUCCUAAUGAAUGGCAUCCGACUGGGCACCUACGGGCUGGCAGAGUCUAGGGGAUACCUGCGCACUGAUGAAGGUGCCCACAGUCCUGUCCGAAGUGCUGCAGCUGGGGCCCUAGCUGGGGUCAUGGGAGCCUAUCUGGGAAGCCCAAUCUACAUGGUGAAGACACACCUCCAGGCACAGGCAACCUCUGAAAUCGCUGUAGGGCACCAGUAUAAGCAUCAGGGCAUGUUUCAGGCACUAACCGAGAUUGGCCAGAAACAUGGUCUAGUGGGGUUGUGGCGUGGGGCCGUGGGCGGCCUGCCCAGAGUUGUCGUCGGUUCCUCUACCCAGCUGUGCACCUUCUCAUCCACCAAGGACUUCUUGAGCCAGUGGGAGAUCUUUCCUCCACAGAGCUGGAAGGUGGCUCUGGCAGCUGCCAUGGUGAGCGGCAUCGCAGUAGUCAUAGCCAUGACACCCUUUGAUGUGGCCAGCACAAGGCUCUAUAACCAGCCCACUGACUCUCAUGGCAAGGGCCUCAUGUACCGGGGGAUCUUGGACGCUCUGCUGCAGACAGCUCGGACAGAGGGCUUCUUUGGCAUGUACAAGGGUAUAGGUGCCUCCUAUUUUCGCCUUGGCCCCCACACUGUCCUCUCCCUCUUCUUCUGGGAUCAGCUUCGUUUCUUCUACAACACAUACACUAAAUGAGUCUCUCUACUGUACCCAAAUCAACACUCUUUGGGCACCUCUGCCUCUACUUACUUACUAUCUCAGUAACUAUUUACUGACUGAUGGACUCUCAUUCCCCUAGGAGGACAAACACUCCCAAUUCCUCUCUGUCCUCUUAGGGUUGAAUCACUCUGAACAGUAAUUUAUGUCCUUCCCUUGAAUAUUGCUUUAAAAUUCCCCAUAAGUUCCCCUGUAUACUUCACACCCAUCUCAGGGUUGAAUCAGAUACCCCAAAGUAUAUUUCUUCUGCCAUGCUUGGGUUUUUUCCUGUUCCUGUGCACAGCUUUAAAGUCCCCCUUCCAAGACCAAAGGGAAUUGGGAGACCCAGGCCACGGAAACUAUGAUGUUUAUAAAGCAAGUUUAUUUCUGCA